AUGUCGGGAUAUCAGCAUCUUUCAAAGGCCGGAAGUCGCUUCCUGAAGCAGGUGGAAACCAGACCAAAGCAUUUAGUGGAUCAUUUUAAGAAAUUCGAAGAGAAAUCAAUGCCAUCUUUCCUAGUGCCAUCAAUACCGCGUGUGGAGGACAGUGAGAAAUUUCAAGACGUUAAAGAAUGGAAAUACAUGCCUGGGGACAGAGUUGUGGUAACCAGAGGUAAGUGGAAGGGACAAGUUUGUCUAAUCAACCAGCUGGAUAAAGAAACGAACGGUUUUGUACUAGACGAAAAUGGACCCACCAAGACAGUUCCCGUACCCAAACAAUUCUGGUCUGAGGGACAAAAUUCGCACAUGGUAACUUUCCCAAUGGCUGUGCCUCAAAAAGAUGUGAAGCUUGUGGCUGAUAUCGACGAUCCACUAGUUCCAGGCAUGACCAAAACCGUGGCUGUGCGGGACAUUGUAUUUCGUGGCUCUUACUACGACGAUAAUUAUAAGAAGGCUAUGCCGCUGAGGUGUGUAUCGGGUCAACCAGAUUUGGUGAUACCCUGGCCCAGACCUGAGCCUAAGCCCGAUGGUUUGUUGGCCACUGCUCCUGAAGUUGCCAGGGAACAAUCAUUUUGGGUCUCAAGCAUAGCAAAAAAUCCUAUUCCCCAGGGAGCUCUACUCACUAUUCGUAACCCUAAGUCCAAGUUUAGAAGAGGAACGCUAUCUAUUCGAGAUAUUGCCAAAUUUGUGGGUCCUAAGAUGCCUCUGACCAAGACAAAGAAGGCCUACAUCGCAGAAAAACAAGAAAUGGCGUCGGCGCCAAAGCGUAAACUGACUGAAGAGGAGAAAGAGCGUAUUGGUACCAAGAUUUACGAGCACUUGAGCAAAAAACUGUGA